CCCAACAGUCGGGAAAUAUUAUAAAUGUCUUCAUAAGAGCCGGGCAACUACCCCACAGUCGAGUUCCACCUGAGAUUGUGUUACCAAGGACGCAUUACUUCUCAAAACAAUCAAAAAACAAACUGGUGAAAUCAAACGCUACCAUUGUUUACCGCCGUGUUGAUAGUUAGUAGAUUGGUUCGCUUGGAGAGGAGCGACACACGAUGAGCGAGGUCAAGGCCGAACAUCGCAGCCAUCAUGGCAAAUCAGACAAGGACCACCAUCACCCCAAAGACCACCACUCUAUGGACCACCAUUCCAAGGACAAACACCCGACCCUCCGGGGUGCUACAAUCAACCCGGUUCAGACAGGCAUGACGGGGGGCAGGCCUAGGGCGGGGACGUUCGGCCGCAAGGACACCGCCCACUCCAUCGCCAGCAACCGAGAUAAACAUCUGAGGGACCACGACCGCCACAGCGUGGUCACUGACGACCACCACCACGCCAUGAUCAUGUACGAGAACACCUACAAGAUGGACCCGGACAUACGGUUCAAGGAGGGAGAAGUGAAGCAGAUCAUCAAGGCAGUUCUCAAGGACCACAUCACUGAGAACGUAUACGAGUGUGGUGCCAUGAAGACCAAGAGUCUGAUGCUGAGCAACAAGAUCCUGGAACAGGUGAAGAAGCUGGAGAUGAAGAGAUUUAAGUUCGUCUGUUUUGUGAUGAUCGGAGAGAAAGGUGCACAGAGUAUGCAGUUCUCGUCUCGGUGUCUGUGGGACCAAAGAUAUGACAAUUAUACCACGGUGCACGUCACCCAGGGCAACAUCCAUGCCACAGGGAUAGUAUAUGCUGUCUAUGCUGAAUAACCACGCUGGUUCAUAGAGUUCGUUAGAGACAUUAGAUCCCAAAGAUGUUGUUACAUUUUGGAAUAUUUUUUUAUUUAAAACACGUUAAAUAACUCUUGUUAUAGCGUCUUUGAAAUCGAUAUUCUUUUCUGUUUGAUGUAUGGCUAUGUGAAGAACAAUAGCGGUCAACCGUCAGGUGCUAUAGGACAUUAUAAGAUCACCAUCCACACAAUGAAAUCAUAUUUGACUAGAUUCUAGUCUACUCUCUACAGAUCUGGUUCCAGAAUGAAUUGCUACAUUAAAGAACUCACAAGCAGAAUAAAGUAUUUGUUACCA